AUGUAUACUGCUAUAACUGCUAUUGCUAUAACUGCUAUUUGCCAGCACUUGACUGGUGAGCCUAAUCAAAAUCUACCAAUUAAUGAAGUAGGUUCAGCUAUGCAACCUAUAAAGAAGAGGAAAUCUAGUGCAAGUGGUUCUAGGCAAACAUCUGCUUGCUGGGAACAUUUUAUUAGAUUACCCGAUGACCUAGUUGAUGCACCCACUGCAGCCUGCAAACACUGCCAUAAAAAAUACUUGUGUGACCCUAGGACUCACGACACCACUAAUUUGAACCACCAUAUUUUAAAAUGUUCUAAGAAGCCCUUUGUCGUGUCAACUGACUCCACACAAACUAUUCUAACCUACCCAAGUGUAGAUGGUAAACUGGUUCAAGUUAGCUCUAGAUUUGACAAGAAAGCUUGUAGAAGUGCUUUGUCAGUUUUUGUAGUUCUAGAUGAGCAGCCAUUUAGUGCAGUAGAGGGUGAAGGGUUUAUUCCAAAGGUAACACUUACUACUGAUUGCUGGACUUCUAUACAAAAUCUCAACUACUUGACCCUUACGGCACACUUUGUGGAUAACGAAUGGAAGUAUCAAAAAAGAAUUAUAAGCUUUACCGUAAUUCCAAACCACAAAGGUGAAACUGUAGGUAGGAAGAUUGAAGAAGUGUUAAGGGAUUGGGGAAUUAGGAAUGUGUCAACCAUAACUGUUGAUAAUGCCACUUCAAAUGAUGUUGCUGUGACAUAUCUAAAGAGAAAAAUAGCAAAUAUGAAUGGGUUAAUGGGGGAUGGAGAGUGUUUUCAUAUGAGGUGUUCAGCUCACAUUUUGAACUUGGUGGUAAAUGAGGGUUUGAAAGAUAAACAUUUAUCUGUAACUAGUGUUAGAGAUGCUGUUAGAUUUGUUAAGUCCUCACCUCAUAGGGCAGCCAAGUUUAAAGAAUGCAUUGAAUUUGCUGGAAUAACUUGCAAAAAAUUAGUAUGUCUUGAUGUUUCAACUCGUUGGAACGCGGCAUAUUUAAUGCUAGAGGUUGCGGAGAAGUUUCAACUCGCUUUUGAAAAGCUUGAGGAUGAAGAGUCGAGCUAUAGGGAGUUCUUUGGAAAAGGUAAUCCCCCUAGUAAUGAUGAUUGGGACAUUGCUAGGGCUUUUAGCGCUUUCCUAAAGUUAUUCUAUGAAGCAACUAAGACUUUUUCCACCUCUCAAAAUGUGAGUUUGCAUACUUGUUUUCACCAAGUGUCUGCCAUUUAUUGUGAGUUAAAGCAAGCCACUUUGAACUUAAAUGAUUUUUUUGCAAGUGUGGGUGGAGAUAUGAUGGAAAAAUAUAAUAGAUAUUGGGGAAGUCCUGAUAAGAUGAACAAGAUGAUAUAUUUUGGUAUUAUUCUUGAUCCAAGAUACAAGUUGAGUUCCAUUGAGUGGGCGUUUAAGGACAUGUAUGGAGUUGGAUCAAAGUUUGGUAGUGACUUGCCUCUUGGUAGUGGUGGAAAUAAUGUCUCCAAUGAUGAAACAAAUGCAUCUAUUGCCUGUUCAUCACUUAUGGCUAGAGCCGAUGCUUUUGAGCAACAUUUAGAGGAGCAAGACUCGAUUGAUCAACAAAAUGAGCUUGAGCCACACCAGUGUCUACUGUUGCUUCUGAAAGUGCUUUUAGCACAAGAAGGAGAGUCAUAG